UCUGCGACCGCGCAAUCGUUUUCUGAACGCGCUCGCUAUCGAUAGGUUAAGUGCCGGCGCUCACUGGAAAGUGCUUUGUUGAAAAACCUGCGAUUGAAGUCGGAUGAUCGUCGAACGUCUCGCGGAAGGAACAGUCGAUCGUCAGACGCAUUAAACAAUCGGUAUCGGCCAUCAGUUUGACAGUGUAGAGACCCGAAAGACGGCGUGGCAGUACUACACGCACAAACACACACCACACACGCACGCACGCGCACACCACUGUACGCAUACACACAUAGCACACGGCAUCCUAUCGCUCCUCCUCCCCCUCUGCCCCGCGUGUCCGUUAGCCGGCCGGAACCAUCUUGCGCGACGUCCGAUUUUCCCGCGUGCUUGUGAAGCGCUCGCAGGAAGUCGUCUUGCGAAGAUAGCAGCGAAUGCAAAUGGCAGUCACGGCCGUGCGCGCGUGCCCGUUUAUCGUUCCCGCGUGUCUGACGCACGAGUGUGCCGCGAAAUCGUCGCGCGCGAUCGAUAUGUGAUGACCGGCGUCGGUCGUCGGACAUCGGGCUGCUUGUGUGCGGCGGCGUGAACGUGUCUCAUCGCGUCGGGCGUUAACGUGGUUUCGAGCGCGUGCACGCGGGAAAUCCGCUCGUGACGAGACGGUCAGGACGGGCGAGGAAACGAGAAAGGACGAGAAAGAGGGAGAGACACACGCGCGCGCGCUCAUCCGCUCGCCUGCACGUGUGUGUGCGCGCGCGCGACCCUCCGCGGCGGCGAGCGAUUCCUGUCCGGUAACCGCAUCGAGACUCUCGAGCCGGGGGGGAUCAAAGCCACGCGAUAUCACGCACGACGAGCCAAUUAGCCGCGCGAUCGGCGCAAUUCCGCGCGCCAGGAACCGAGGGAUCUUCCACGCCAGAUGGUUGCCGUGCUCGUCUCGGCAGUAAACCGCCCACGGAUCGCUGUACAUCUGCGAGCAGGUUUUAUCUGCUUAAUAAAGACUAGAAGAAGAAAUUUUGAACGGUAGAAAAAAAAUGCCUGCGGUCAGCGUCUGCGAUCCUAUAGCGGCCAGGCUCCACUGUGCUCUAAAUGGCAGCCCGUCCAAGACUACGGACGAUCUGUCACUCGAGCUGGUGAGCAACGCCUCGCGGAUCAUGCAAACAGAAAUCCAUUACGAAGAGUUGAAGGAUUUCCAGGUGACAAGUCAGGUGCAGGCUAACUGCAACAUUUUCCUCAAUUUGUCCCCUGUGGAGAAUUUAGAAGGAAGCAAAGUGAAGGAUGGCGUGAUCUAUAAGAAGAAAAAUGACGCGAAUAAGGGCCCGAUUCUGCCAGAGCCAGAGGUCACACUGUACUCUUCCAAGAUGGUCCAUCUUGGGUGGAAAGGCACGUGUCCAAUUGGAGCUGGCAUGUACAACGUUGGGAACACUUGUUACCUAAACAGCACUCUUCAGGCGUUGUUUCACGUACCGGCCCUUGUCAAUUGGCUGCUGUCCGAUCCGCAUCACAAUUCGAAGUGCGAACAAAACAUUUUAGAUGGCGGUGGGGAAUGCCUUACGUGUGCAGUGGCCAAGACUCUACAGUUCAGCCAUCAGAAGUCUGGCGGUACAAUCAAACCGUUUUACGUAUAUAAUAAACUAAAGCUCAUUUGCCGAACUAUGGUGCCUGGACAACAAGAAGAUGCUCACGAAUUUUUACGCUAUUUAUUGGAAGGAAUGGAACGCGCGUAUUUGACUAGGCGUAAAGCAACUAAGUUGGAUAGCUACUCUAAGGAAACGACACCUAUUAAUCAAAUAUUCGGUGGCUAUAUACGUACUGAAGUGAAGUGCCUGCAAUGUCAACACGUAUCUACCACGUUUCAACACUUUCAAGACUUGCUUGUGGAUAUACGCAAGGCGAAUACACUGGACGAAGCAUUAAAUAGUUACUUCAGUAGGGAACAGUUAGAUAACAAUGAUUAUAAAUGCGAAGCCUGCAAGAGAAGAGUUCCUGCCACGAAACAGUUCACGCUGGAGCGCCCACCAAAAGUGUUGUGUGUACAGUUGAAACGAUUUAGCUUUUUAGGAGGGAAAAUAUCUAGACACAUCGGUUUUAAACAGACUAUAGAUAUGGGCCAGUAUUUGUGGAGAGAACCGGGCGAGUCUCCCAAGCAGCUAACUUACAAACUCAUGUCGAUGGUGACGCACAUGGGCCCCUCUGUAAAUUGCGGCCACUAUACGGCGGUCGCGCAGGUAUCGAGCGGUCAAUAUUAUUCCUUCGACGACUGUUGCGUUCGUCCAAUAAGCCUUAAUAAUGUAUUAAGUACAAACGCGUACAUUAUGAUCUUCGAGAUGGAAAAUUAUAGUCAAAAUCAACAGAUCGUGAAAAUGAACGGUACAACGUCCGCGAAGAGUGUGCCCACCUCGCUAUCUAAUUCUACAAAUAAGUCCCCCGCGUCCAAAAUCUUGACAUCCGCCGGAUGUUCCGCGAACGGUACGUCAAGUGGAUUGUCAAACGAUCUCGGUAAUUCAAGUAAACCAGCGUUAAUCGGUCCGCAGCUCCCGCCACAAAGAAGUAUAGAAUUAAAUCUUCCUAUACAAAAAUCCAGUGACACUGUUAGUACACAAUCACCGCAAAAAAUGCAGGAUAAGUCGCAGCCGAGACUGGUCGUGCACAUUAAAAAUGGAAAGGUUUUAAAUGGUAACAGUUUGGUGCCCUACGACGGUUCCAGUGAGGAGGAAGACAAUUGUUCCUCUGGGACAGGGACUUUGAAUAAAAGUCAAACGUCAAAUACCGCAUCCAGAAUUAAUAUCACGAACGGUGUGCCAAAAUGUCUUGUUGCGAAGGACGUAGCAAAAACAACCUCGUUGGGUUCUAAAGAGUUGCUGAAAUCUAGUUCCAAAAGCAUUACCAACGGUGUGUCGACAAUGCAAGUUACAAUUGUAAAUUGUACGAAAACGCAAAACGGAUCCAAUAAUAACGGCCGGAUAAGUGUGCUCAAACAUCAAAAUGGGAAAACUGAAGCGAACGGUCAGUCAGAGCAACGUGAUAAGGAUAAGUGGCGCCACAAUGUCAGAAUUAAAAACGGACAGGAAGAGACUGUGCCUACGAAGGCUGCAAUCAGCAAUGUUAAAAACUGGCAAACCAAGGAUACAGCUCCCAGUCUCAGUGGGUCAACUACAACUAAUGGGUGGUUAUGUGAGAAUAGGGAGGAUAUUAAGUUAAGUCAAAACGGUUCGACACCGAGUGCCGCGGCUAUGAGAAAUUUUAACGGUACCAAUGACUCGGACACCCUUUCACACUUACUAAAAAUGUCAAAUCGCGGAUACAGCAGUUCCUCAGUAACGAAUUGGAAUGGCAAUAGAACGCAACUCGACCGUGACGUCGAUAACGAUAGACGAGAAGAGCGUAAACGUCACUUUAACGCGGACGAUGACGAGAUAGAUAAAGGCCGGACGAAGAAGAUCAAGGACCACGCAAAUCGUCGAUCGUACGAGGAGAGAUCUAAUACAAGCCACAAUUCAUUCCAAGAAUACCAAAACAAAAGCUGGAAUCGAUCAGUUAACGGUUAUCAUCAUCAUCAUAAUCGAAGACAUUAUUAUAAUACUUCUUAUGCGCGGUCGCGACAUGGGAACAAUUACAGACCGCCACAUUAUAGAUAUCACUCUUACAGAUAUCAUCUAUAGAUAUCGCUAAUGCUCACUCUCUCGUUGCCAAUCGAUGGCGCGAGCGAUCGCAGCAAAUGUAAAGGGAGACAGAUUUUUUUUUUUUUUUUAGGAAUUAUAUCAAGUUCAGAGUGCAACCCGCUUUAAUAGACUGUGUGAUUAUACACUGAUUAAUUUUCAUUUGUAGAAUAGUUAUCAUUUCUCUGAAUAUAAAAGUGAAUUUGAAAGUGAACUGUUAGGGCCCCUCCUCUGAUAGUUCAAACCUCAUAAUGACUCAUCAUUUAUGGUGAUUUAUUCAAGAAACAUAAUGCAUGUUCCUGAUGAACUCGUGUGGCAUUUUUUUGCCCCUGUUGCAUGUGCAAGUUUGGUACAUGUGUACAUCAAACGAAUUGAUCCAUGGGGGACGAGUAUCGCAAACUGUACCAUUUUGUGUUCAACGUGGAUUAUAAAAAAUUAUAAUUUUUCGUUUUUUUCUGAUCAUGAUAUACAAACAGCUAACUGUAGAUAUAAGACGCAUAUUCACCAUUAAAUUCUCAUGGGAUCUUC